AUGAUCGAGCUAGAGAGCUUCAAGCUUUUGAUGACAACAAAAGCCAGCGUCAAAGGACUAGUAGAUGCUGGAAUUCUGAAUGUUGCAAGGAUAUUCAUUCGCCCACCUUCUCCUAAUGAGCUUGUUCACAGGUCAAAUUAUCACAAGAACAAUCUGCAGGUCCCUCAUAUAUCUUUGAGGCAAACACGAGGAGGGAUGAUUGGAGUAGUUAAGUUUAACGAACAAGAUGUUGAGGUGAAGAAAGAAUGGUAUACGCGUGAUGCGAAGAGACAAGUGACUUUCAAUAGCAACUUCGAUCUGUAUCAACCAAAAGCUGCUAAUUGGAGGGAUACAAUCACUUCUCCCGUGUUUGCUUCUGAGAAUUUUGAUCCUCGGCUACUCGCUGCUGCUCUCAGAGAUGCUGCAAUGGAGAAUGCUGAACAAGUCAGAAAGUUAGGAGACACUAUAUGA